UGAAGAAUCAUCUGCUAUCAAACGCUUCUACGACACACUCUGUUCUGCGCUGUAACGAGAGAAUAAUGUCCGGACCCAGACCCGUGGUGCUGAGCGGCCCCUCCGGAGCGGGGAAGAGCACUCUGAUGAAGAGGCUGAUGAAGGAGCACGAGGGCAUCUUCGGCUUCAGCGUGUCACACACAACAAGAGACCCACGACCAGGAGAGGAAAACGGCAAAGGGCUGAACUGUCUCCCCAUGCUUCUGGGGGCGAUUUUAUUUCCUGUAGCAGACGUCUAUUCCUCUGAAGACUUAGAAAGCUCAUUUUCGUGUCCUAACAAAUCGGAAACCACAGAUAAAGACUACCACUAUACUACCAGAGAGGUCAUGCAGGAGGGAAUUGACAACGGAGACUUCAUCGAGAACGCAGAGUUCUCCGGCAACCUGUAUGGAACAAGUAAAGCGGCCAUUCAAGACGUGAUCGACAAGAACCUGAUGUGCAUCCUGGAUGUGGAUAUCCAGGGAGUGAGGAGGAUCAAAGAGACCGAGCUGAACCCCAUCUACAUCUCCAUCCAGCCCCCCUCCAUGGACAUCCUGGAGAAGCGUCUGCGGGACAGACAGACGGAGACGGAGGAGAGUUUACAGAAGCGUCUGGAAGCAGCUCGCAUCGACAUGGAGCUCAGCAACGAGCCAGGGGUGUUUGAUGUGGUCAUCAUCAACGAUGACUUAGAGAGAGCUUACGAGGAGCUGAGAGACAUCCUCAGUGACGAAAUCCAGAAAGUGAAGGAGGUGAAAUCAUAAGGAGGAAAAUCUUUCUGCGGCUGUGACUCUGAAUAACUUCAUCUACACCGACACACUUGGUCUUUACCAUCUAAAAGUUGGCACUCACCUCACACCAUUAUGAAGCACACAUUAUCUCCAGUCAGAACAUCACACUUUCAUUCAUUAGUUUUGUUGUAUUCUUGGUCGAAAUGAAUACACACGUAGUUAAGUACAUGACUGCUAAAACUACUAUUACAUUAACUAAAUAUUUACUGCUGCCAAUGUCUUAAAUAUGGAGGAACGUCGAGAUAAAAUGACUGAAUUUAAAACAUUCGCAUGUAAGUUUGUGUUGAAAGGCUGAAUAAAGACUGUGAAGACAACCGG